AUAUGUGUGCCAUGGUGUGUAUGUGUGGAGGUAAGAGGACAACUUUACAGAGUUGGUUCUUUAUUUCCACUGUGGGGCUCAGGUAUUAAACUCAGGUGGUUAGAUAUGCCCAGCAAGUGCCCUUACCUUCUGAGCCAUUUUGCUGGCUUCAAAAUUGUAUUUCAUAUACUGGCAUGAAAGUACUACCUGCCUAUCUGUGUUCCUCAAACUGUAAACCAGAAUAAAUCCCUCUUGUUAGGAAUUUGGGGACUGCAAUGAAAAAAAUAAUAAUAAUAAAGUUAGUACGAAGAAUAACCUGCUGUGCUACCCUGACCAUGUGGUAUGUAGGCUUUUAGAACUGGUCUACAGAAGGGAUGUGAAAGACUUGGAUGCAGAGCUCUGUGGGUCAUUCUGAGUGGCUUAUGGGAGACCAGCAUGCCAAUGAACAGCUAGAAAGUGAACAUUAUGCUCAGGAGUUUUCAGAGAGGUACAAGUAAACUGUGGAAAGGUGAGCUAAAGGCUAUUUGCAUUUUCUUCUGAAGGAGAAUAUGGGUGUAAUCUGCCCAUUCCUGAAAAAGUUAAGUCAUAAAGUGAUUUGAAGUUUGUUUGGCAGUGGCAGGUUCAAGACUGAGGCAUGUUUACUACUCACGGUGCUUAUUCAGAUCUGUAGCAGGAGAAAGCAGGAGGACUGGAAAACGUGCAGUUUGGGGAAUAAAGGAGUGCACCGAGCAGAGUGCACAGAGCUUUUUAUAAUUAAGGAAAUUAGUACCAUUGUUUACUGAGGCAGGACAGAUGCCCUGAGAGUAAAACCUAUGGAAGUCUCCAACUAGUGAAAAUAGGAAUUGAUUUGAAAGAAGAGAAACUAAACUGAGACUGUGGCUAUGUGAACAGACUUUUAUGAGAACUGUUUCCCGGUUUUGGAAGCCCAUGUUUGUGGGAAGGCUGGUUACAGGCUAGUUAAGCUGCUUACAGGUAAUAGGAGCCAGCGCAGCACCUCAGUCUGGCAGUAGAACUUGGAUGCUUCAUCAGCAUGUAAAAUGCAAGUUACAGGGUCAUGGGGGCUUACACCAUUGUUUGAAGCUCUAUAAGGUCAAGUUGCAAAGUAGACUUCCAGGCUGUUGGGAGUUCCAGAAUUGUGGAACACCUACUAAGGAAAAGUGGAAUAGAAUCAUCCCAUGAGAGAGGCUAUCUAUACUAGAGGUGACAAAGUUGGAGGGUGGAGCUGUUCAUGGUCAUUGGAUCCCAGAUGAUAGUCCCACAAGCCCCAGAUACUGGUGAUGGUAUAGUGCUUGCCCUCCUAGGUUUAGAUGUCGCUUUGAUCCAAUCUUCCCUUGCCAUACCCCAUUCCUCUCUGUUGGAAUGGAAAUGUUUACUCUAUAUGCCUUUGUACAUUGGAAGUAUGUAACUUGUUUUCUGAAACUAUAGAAACUCACGGCUAAGACCUUGCCUUGCAUCUCAGAGCCUUUGGGUUUUUGAACAAUGUUGGGACAAUUAAAGACUGGUGACUUUUGAAGUCAGACUGAAUUUAUUUUGCUUUAUGAGCCUAUGGGAGUCAGAGAUGAAAUGUAAUUGUUUAAAAGUGAUUUAUUUGAUAGUCAGGUUGACAAGGAGUGUACUUGUGAUAAUUAAUCUUCGUUGUUAACUUGACUGGUUAUGUCUGUGGGGGCAUUUCCAGAGAGGUUUAACUGAAGAGGGAAGACCCAUCCUAAGCAUAGGCUGGGUGCUUGGCCUGAGUACCAGCAUUCAUCUCUCUGUGCUUCCUGACUGCAGACGCAGUGUGACCAGCCACCUCAUGCUCCUAUCACCAUGCCUUCCCUGCCAUCAUGGAUUCUGCCCUUCAAACUGUGAGCCAAAAUAAAUCCUUCUUCCCUUAAGUGGCUUCUUGUCAAGUGUCUUGAUGCAGCGACAUAAAGAGACAGCUAAUUUACAGCCUAGCAGUAAACAAUGAUGGAUAUUUUUAGAUAUUUCUGUUUGAGACCAAAAUAUUUCCUUUGGUUUUAUUCCUUUUAAAUUCCAUAUGUAAAGGUAUUUGGAUUAUAAUUGCAAACCAUACACAAAAUUUGUUACUCUUUAAAGCACAAAGAACUAGUUUCUGGUGUUUAUCUUUCCAUAGUUUUCUACCCAUAAUGUUGUCUCUCUGCAAGAACUACUGUAUGUUUUUAAAGAGAAGUGAACUUUAGGUUUCUAGUCCUAAAGAUUAUUCAAAUAACUGAAAAUAAAACCACGUGUAAACUUGGGAUCCUUUUAGCCAGCUUAUGAACAACUAGUUGGGAACUUUGGAUAAUAUAGAAACUAUUUUUUAUACCAGAUAGCUGUAAACUUGGGGUUCAAGAUGAUAUUGUAGCCAGCUUAUGAACAAGUAAUUGAGAAUGUUUGGUAAUGUGGACAUUUUUUUUCCAUAAGAUAGCCAAGAUAGGCCAGUCAAGUUGGAGUUGCCUUUCCAUUAAUAAUUUAUGUAUUAUUAAUAAAAUUGCAGGAAUAAAAAUAAAAGUUUUAUACAUUUUACCUUUUUAACAUGUUCAGAUGCACUUUUUAUGUUCAGCAUGAAAAAAUGUCACGUUGAUAUCAGCUGCUUUGUAUUGCAAAAGAGCAAGCAGAUGCCAGAUGUAUGGGAUGCUGACAGAAUCAUGCUGAUGCACAUUAGCUCAGGAGUAAAUCUGUCCUCCAUUUCCUAUAAAUCUUCAUAUCUGACCUUGUUAGUCUACUUGUAGAAUGCUUGGAGAAAUAGUAUGUCACUGGACAUGAGAAGAAAUAAGGUAGGACUACAGACAGCCUUAGGUAAUUAUAGGUGGCUACAAGAAGUGAAGCUUUUAUCAAAUACCCUUUAAUAUCAAAUUAGAUUAUCUUAAUAACUUUUGAUUGGUUUCUGUGCCAUCUGUACAGUAAAAUAUUUUAACAUAAUUGAUCCUUUUUAUCACAGAAAUGUAAAUAUCUACUUUUUCCUCUUUGGAGGUUGAAUUGUGUGACAUGAGUUGGCACUGCCACUGAGCAGAAGAUUUUAAUCAGCACAAAAGGUUGAUUUUGAGACUGGAAUCAACAUCUGUAUCUGAAGAGAGAUCAAAUCAUCUAAAUUUGCCAGAGGAAACAGAACAAGAAAAACUACUUUUUGCUUGAUGAAGAAACAGAACAGACAGAAAGGAUGGAAAACACACAUACAUACUGAGUCCACGAAAGAGGAAGACGAGUCACGCCACAAACCCCCCUCUAGAGUAUCACGUUGGGUGGGUGAUGGAGUCCAGGGAUCAUGGGCCAAGACCACCCUCUGUCAGCAGUUCAAAUGCUUCACCUUCAGAAGGUGCGCCACUCACAGGAAGCUACAGCUACCCGCCUCAGUCAUUCCCAAAGGUCCAGCAUCCUUCUUAUGAGCUGCUGAAGGAAAAUGGCUUUACCCAGCAAGUGUACCACAAAUAUCGCCGAAAGUGCUUAAGUGAGAGAAAACGCCUGGGAAUUGGACAGUCACAGGAAAUGAAUACCCUCUUUCGUUUCUGGUCCUUCUUCCUCAGAGACCACUUUAAUAGGAAAAUGUAUGAGGAAUUUAGACAACUUGCUUGGGAAGAUGCAAAAGAGAAUUACAGGUAUGGGUUAGAAUGUCUGUUCAGGUUUUAUAGUUAUGGACUGGAAAAAAAUUUCAGACAAGAAAUUUUUAAGGAUUUUCAAGAAGAAACCAAAAAAGACUACGAAUCUGGCCAGCUAUAUGGACUGGAAAAAUUUUGGGCCUAUCUGGAAUAUUCUCAAUCUAAGACCCAGCCUAUUGACCGGAAACUUCGGGAAUACCUCAGCCGUUUUAAAAAGUUAGAAGACUUCCGUGUUGAUCUCCCUUCUAGUGAGGGAUUUGGAAGACAAAGACAUUCAUCUACUUCUGGGGAGGAGAAGAUUCGCCAUACACUUCCUCCACCAAGUGCUGCCGAGAACUGCAGUCCCAAGGAGGGGGUCCAGGGGAAAUCCACAGGAGCCCAGUGACAACUCACAGUGACAGUGCCGCCUUGGCCUCUAGGGUUGAAGUACCAGGGAAGCAGAUACUUACACAAACGUCGUGUGUUCUUGAGAUCAACAUUGGCUUCAGUGUGUAUGUAGAUAGAUCUUCUGAUGUUUAAGUGUGAUAAUCAGAAAAACAAAAAGGAAAAAAAUUGUAGUCUUUUUUUUUUUCCCUAGCAACAUGAACUCCACAUGUUUUCCCUGAUUCUACAAACAAGGUCUGCUUGACCUCAGGGGAUCCCAUGGAGUCUUUGCCAUCACGUUUUCUUGACUGUUUACAAGAACAAAAUUGCUUUAUUUAUUACACUUAAACACACAUGUUGCGGCGCACGGAAUACCUGACAUUUCAGCUCAUCCCUCUUACAGGAGAUACAGUGUAUUGUAUUCAUCUCUUCUGUAUAACUCUCAAAGAGUCAGUUGUCUCCCUGUCAAUCGAUGUUUGAACAUAUCAAAAAGCAAGGGAAGAUUAUAUAUA